AUGCAAUGGACCCAAAAGAUGGUUGCUACAAACUCCACUACCGCACAGACUGGAAGGACUUUAGGAGAGCGUGAGGACGGUUUAGAAAGUGAAGACAUUCAGAGAAUUUUGUCCGUUUCCCUACUGGACGAGCACGCCCCCGAGUGCAACACGGAAGGCGGUGAAAGCUCACUCACGGAUGAAGAGGAGAGUGAAGCCGAAAGCGACAGCUCCGAUGAAAAUGAAGAUAACAACCACAUAGACAAGCUUCGCCAUGAGCUCGAAAAGGCGGUGCCGGGUGGGUUUCGGCACAGACAGCUGAGCAUGCUCCUGCGAAACGCUCAAACACAGCACAAAGCCAUCCAAGAUCGUCAAAUCGCCGGACGUCGACGAUAUCUAGUAAAUUUGGGAGUGACCAGCAAAUCGCAGGCAGAUCGACUGAUUACGCAUCCCGACGAGCCACUACCAACCGACCUCGCUCGCAGAGAACAUUUGGCCUUGAAUGAUAGGGCAGAACGUCUCGAAAAGCAAAGGGAAAGAGAUGAGCAAGAGAAAGUAAAAAAAGCAUUCUCUAAUCCGUGGCUGUUAGAAAUAGAAAAAGAGAUGGCCGAGAACAAUAUGCGUUUAGAGAGAGGCACAGACCCCGACAUGAGUGCAACACUGACGAGUCUUUUAGAGAUUGAUUGUGAGAAACUCCGCGCAUUUCACGAAAAACAAGGUACCAUUCGCCUGCAGAUGGCCGUGGAAAAAAGGAAAGAAAUCUAUGUGAAACGUGGAUUAGUGGAUCCUAGGUACGCGAGUUCCAUUAGAGAUGUGUACUCACCCUUACCGGUUAUCGUCGAAGGUAGCAACCAAAACAUGUCCAGACCAACGGCUUCAAACGACCAUGGUAAUACGCGAAAGACACCAUCUUACGACCCGCCUGAGGACACGCACCAGACGAUGUUUACUCCACCUACGAGCCAGGAGGCCGUCGAAUCGGAGAGCGAGGACAUGUUCAUUACACCGAAGACACCUUGUUACGAGCCCUCAUUUGAUGAAAGCAUUUGCACAGGCUCUUCACCAUUACUGAGGCGAGUACCCUCACCUGACAACAGACCUUCGAAGCGAGCAAGCCUCUCGAGAAGCCAAACAACCGAGGGACAGAAGCGGGUGACUACCUUUUUCAGUUCGCAGAAACGUGUAAAAAAGUAG